CUGUUUGGCGUGAUCUUGGUCUGCUUGGUCGCGACACUGCCCACAGUCGUAUUGAGAAUCGUCGGACGACAGAGAAGGAACUCCCUGAAGCUGGACGAUUGGACCAUGAUCUUGACUGAGCUUCUGUUCAUUCCGUGUGCUGUCUGCGCUCUGGUGUCCAUCUCGAAAGGCCUUGGUGUCCGAGAUGAUCAACUCCUGCCGGCACAGAUAAUCGCAGCUUCAAUGUACUUCAGCAUAUUCGAUCUUCUCUAUUGCAUCACGCUGGGCCCGCUGAGAUGUAGCCUCUGUUUGACCCUCCUCAGAUUCGCGACCAGCAAGCGUUUGCGACAGGCCAUCUACAUGAUGGUCAUACUACACAUCAUCACAACUAUCGCAUGCUUUGCAGGUCUGAUGGCGCUGUGCAGGCCGUAUCAUACCAACUGGCGGCACUUCUACGAUUUUCCAGAGUUUCCGAGGGAGGGAUCUUGCUUCAGCGGCACCGUAAUCGAGGUUCUUGUCUACAUGCUGACAGCAAUCACUUCCAUUUCUGACCUGGUUUGCGUCAUCAUCCCGGCCAUCAUCUUCUGGAAUUCAACACUGAACCGUCAAAAAAAGAUAAUGGCGUGGAUGCUACUCAGUUUGGGUUUGCUGGCCUCCAUCGCUACGCUUGUACGCUUGCCAUUCGUACCAUACUUUCCUGCCAGGAAGGAUCGUGUUUGGGGUCUAGGAAUGGCUACUCUGUGUUGUUGCGUGGAGAUUGCGCUGGGCAUCUUCGCCGGGUGCGCGCCGGCGGUCAAGCCUUUCCUCAUCGCG